UUGCCUGACAAGUCGCUAGCUGGGUACCUUUCAGUAUAAUUGUGUGCAGAGAGGCUAACUAGGGAGGGGACAGGUUAGCGUUAUGCCCCAUCGAAGGAGCUACUUUGAGGUUUCAGUGUCGUUUCUCACAAUUGUGAAAAAAAACCUUUGGACAUAAGCUGAUUUCUCAUCUGACUAAUAUAUAGGAGACACGCCACUGAACAGACAGGAAGUGAGACUGUGAUGUGCGAGUUCACUUCUUGUCAGUACCCACGUCCUCCCCUCUCUCUCUCCAUCUCUCUCUCCAUCUCUCUCUCUCUCUCUCAGGUGAUGGACACUCAGAAGGAAGCUCUGCGCAGGAUCAUUAGCACAUUAGCCAAUAAAAAUGAAGAGCUCCAAAACUUCCUGGAAACAGUUGACAACACACUGACAGGACUGCAGGAGGAGUCAUGUAAGGUGAUGUCAGACCUGGAGGCGGAGCUUGAGCAGCUAAGCUCUGCACUGGAGGAGAAGGGGGCGGAGCUCCGUGACGUCAUCAAAGAGGAGAGGCGCAGGAAGGAGGCGGAGCUUCAGAAGCAACUGUCGGAGGGAAAGUUCGCUCUGCUUUCGUGUGAAGAACUACUCGAGUUUGCAAAUCAGACACUGACCAUCACCACUGAAGAAGAAUUCCUGAAGGCUGCAAAACAAAUCAAAGAAAGGGUAACAAUGGCUCCAGCGUUUCGGCUGACAACUCGUCCAGCAGUGUCAGAGAACAUGGCGCAAUUCACCGUUGACUUCAGCGUGGAGAGGGCGGGGCUUCAGCAACUUCACUUCCUGCCAGUGCCCAGAGCUCCAGAGAUUGACGUCUCUAGCUGUGUUGUCAACGACAACAACAUCAUGAUUGCCUGGCAACCAGCCAGUGAGGCCGACAACAAUGGCGUCAGUGGACCAAUCGAACGCUAUGAGCUCGAAUACCGAAAAACGAACCACGACAGCUCACUGAGAGCCAUAGGAGAGGCAUGCUGGGAAAAAAUCUGUGACAUCACAGAGACGCAAGUUACCAUUUCAGGUCUGAAGUUUGACUCUCGCUUUGUUGUCGUUCGAGUUCGAGCAAAAAACAAAACAGCUGCCGGAGAGUUCUCUGAGCCUGUCACCAUGGAAACCAAAGCGUAUAACUUUGGCUUUGAUGCGUCGACGGCCCAUGCUGAGCUGAAGGUUCAGGGUGAAACGGUGACCUGGGAGCCUCAGGGUGUCAAAGGUCAUGACCCCCGACUCAGAGGCAAAGAGAGUAAAAGCUGCAGCAGAAGCGCCACACCGUCACCAAAUAAGACAGCAGGAAGUCGACCCGGACGUGACAGAUUCGCUGGAGAGUCGUACACAGUACUGGGUGACCAGGAGAUGGUUGGCGGCUGCCACUACUGGGAGCUCCGCCCCCUGGCUGACUGGAAGUCGUUCAGUGUGGGCGUGGCCUAUCGGACCAGCCUGGGCCGCUUUGACCAAUUAGGGAAGAGUGCCAGUUCGUGGUGUCUCCAUGCUAGCCAAUGGCUGCAGAGCUCGCUCGCUGCCAAACACAACAACCGAGCAAAAGCGCUUGAUUGGCCACUGCCUCAACGAAUUGGAAUCUACUGCAACUACGACAACGGCGAUUUAUCAUUUAUUGACGUUGAUCGACUUCGUCUUCUUCACUCCUUCAAAACAAAGUUCAGCCAGCCACUUGUCCCCGCCUUCACUGUUUGGUGCGGUGGUAUCACCAUAACAACGGGUCUGCAGGUGCCGAGCUUCAUGGGAAAUUUCCUUUCCACCAAUCAGAGCCUGAGUUACCUGUCACAGUAAAUCCACUUUUCUUCAAUUAUUUGUUUUUAUUUUAUUUUGCUGUUUUUCAUAUUGUCAGUAAUUUAAUUCUUAUGACAUAUUUAUAUUUAUUAAUUGUAAUUUAAUGAUAGAUAAUAUUAUAUUGCAUAUAGAAAUUAUUUGUGAACUGUUGCCGUUGUAAAAAGAUAAUUAAUAUAAAAUAUAAAGCAAAUUGUAUCAUAAUUUUAAGGCCUAUAAUGAUUUUUAAAAAAAAUAUUGAUCAUUCUUGCCUGCUCUUAUUUUGAAAGUCUUGACCUGAAGCCACAGCUUUAUAGUUUGAGUGCUUUCAUUUUAAAGAAGUACAAAUGUUGUCUGUUAACUACGGCUUUUGCUUUGACUGAUUUUGUAUCUCAGAGAUUCAUAUCGUUUCGUCUGAAUGACAGACCUUUCUUUUGAGGGUAGACACAGGAAAGUUCCCUCUGGCUUUUAGUUUGAAGACUGUAACAAAUGUAAUUUAUUGUGAAAGUUCAGGAGGAAAUUAUAUGUUUAAUUUGUGUGAAAGGCUCUCAUUAUGAAAAACCUUAUUAGAGAUAAUGUUGUGCAUUCCUACUUCCUGUCACUUUGAUUGCAUGACUGACUUUUAUUUUGAAAGUAAAUUUGAAUAUCAGAAAACACAUUAGUUGUUUUUUCAGUGGAUGUUGAGGAUUAGGAUGAAAUUUAUUUUCAGUUUUUGUGAAAUAAAAUAUAGAAGAUCUGAAGUCAGAACUCAUUAAUACUGAAAAUAUACUUAGAAUUAAUAUCAAAGGUGAUGUUUGUAUUUAUUGGUCCAUCGUGUUUGUAAAUGUCAUUUUUGACCUGAAUCAGCUCCAAUUCAAUGUUUUAUAUCAACAAACACUUUUUGAUAAACUGUGAAAAAUAAAAGAAAUGUUAU